ACUGAUGGGUGACACUGAAAGGCAGCUCAGAUGGGCACUGAUAUGUGGCAUUGAUGUACACUGGUAGGCACUGAUAUGUGGCAUUGAUGUGGCACUGAUGGGCACUGGCAGAGCUGGCACUGAUGGACACAGACAGGUGGCACUGCUGGAGCUACACAGAUCAUCAGGGCACACUGAUCACCAGUGCUCUGAUGAUCUGUGUACAUGUCCCCUCCAAGGAAUGCCGGAGCUUUCUACACUUCCUGUCAUGCUUGUUUCCUGAAGAAGAUUGUCCUUAAACACAGAUGUGCAC